AGGAAAUGGAAAAGCAAAAGGUCGUUCCCCUUUCCACCGUCUUCCCUGUCGUGUCUGUCAUUUCCCUUCCCUUGAAUUAGGGCUUGCUUUUCCUUUCAUAUGGAAAUUAGGGUUAGCGUUUCGGCCUCGUUCCGCCAUUGUUGAAGAAGACAAGAUGCUCCAUUGGAAAGAAAAGGUUGCAGACAAACUUUCCCGCUUCCUUGCAGAUUCGCCCUCCUCUUCCUCCCACGCCACUCCUAAGGACUCGCCAUCGUCUCCUGUCGUUCGACCCGAACCUAAGGUCCUUUUCUUCGAUCUCAGAUCUUUGAUCUUUCAUCUUAUAUUCGAAAUAGAAAGGAGAGGAAAUGGAAAAGCAAAAGGUCGUUCCCCUUUCCACCGUCUUCCCUGUCGUGUCUGUCAUUUCCCUUCCCUUGAAUUAGGGCUUGCUUUUCCUUUCAUAUGGAAAUUAGGGUUAGCGUUUCGGCCUCGUUCCGCCAUUGUUGAAGAAGACAAGAUGCUCCAUUGGAAAGAAAAGGUUGCAGACAAACUUUCCCGCUUCCUUGCAGAUUCGCCCUCCUCUUCCUCCCACGCCACUCCUAAGGACUCGCCAUCGUCUCCUGUCGUUCGACCCGAACCUAAGGUCUUACCUUUCCCUAAAGAGGAACUAUACCGUCCUGAGUCAGCUUCUUUUCCGACAGUGCUUUUAUCUCUUAUCCCUACGGUAAGCCCUGGUCUUGGACGGAAAUCGAGCAAGUUCACUGGUCAGCGUGAAUCAUCAUCUUCAUCACGUCGUUUGCUUCCUAGUAAAUGGAGCAGUAAGCGUUUUUCUUGGAAAGAUAGAUCAUUGGAUCAUGAAGCAGAAUUUGGACAUGAACAAGGGGGUUACGAAACCCUUGAGUUUUGUGAAGAAGAAGAUGACCAUGUUUCUGAAAGGAACGGUGAUAGUUCUGAGAAAACUGAAGAAACAUCCACCUCAGCUAAUUUAACCAAGUUUCCUCCAGAUACUACAGAAGAAUCCUCAUUUAUAUCCUCAGAUUUGUACGAGUUUUUGCAAUCAACCCUUCCGAAUAUAGUGAAAGGGUGCCAAUGGGUCUUGUUGUAUAGUACGAUGAAACAUGGUAUAUCACUUCGUACACUUCUUCGUAAGAGUGGUGACCUUGCGGGACCCUGUUUAUUGAUUGCUGGGGAUAUGCAAGGUGCUAUAUUUGGUGGGCUGUUAGAAUGCCCCCUAAACCCUACAGCAAAAAGAAAAUAUCAAGGGACAAACCAAACAUUUGUAUUCACAACAAUAUAUGGUGAACCAAGGUUAUUUAGAGCAACUGGUGCAAACAGGUACUACUAUUUAUGUUUGAACGACUUACUGGCACUUGGUGGGGGCGACAGCUUUGCAUUAUGCUUGGAUGGGGAUUUGUUGCAUGGAACAAGUGGGCCUUGUGAGACUUUUGGGAACUUGUGCUUGGCUCAUAAUCCGGAGUUCGAGUUGAAGAAUGUUGAGUUGUGGGGGUUCACGCACUCAACACGUUACCUUAUGUGACCAUUGGUGGAGCCGCAUUCUGUCUCCUGUUUGUUUACAAUAGCAUUCUUUGUUGCGAUAUCAUUCUGUUUUUGGUUAAUGUCAUUAUUUAUUUAUUAUUCUUGGCCUUAUGCCUGUUAUCUGUAACCUUUAACUUUUCUGGUUUUCAAAAGACCAGAGCUAGGAAACAAUAGAAUCAAUAGAAUCCUGUAUCAACAGUUUUGUUAAUGUAAUGUUAUGCAUUAUUCAUAA